GAUUCCCCAAAUUGCACCGCUGGCCAAUAAGAGAGCCAAGAAUGGCAUCGAUGAGCAUCUUUGAAGCCUUCAGUUUGUGCAUGAGACGGGUGCUUAUAAUUAAAGCUUGUUACAGGCACGGUUAUAAAUCGGAUUGGAACACGGUGUAACCUACUUAACACGAAUAUAUGGGAUUAUUAACGGGUUGAGUGAAUAAAGACAAUUUUUAUUUCAAUGAGAAACUUUGGAAGUGUAUUUAAUUUAUAGAUUAAAAAAGAAAAUUAAAAUUCGAUUUCCCUAAAAAUGAAUUUCGGGUGGCCAUCCGCGAUAUUUUUGUGCCGAGUUUUUUUCUAUUAACAUAAAGAUAACAUGAAUAAAAAAAAUGAGGAUUAGCUCUCACAAAAGUGUCUUUUAUUCAUUGAAUAGUUUAUCCUGUGAUCACUGAUUCGACGAAAGCACGCAUUUCAUUGGCAUAAAAACGCUUAUGAAGUUCUCAUUGUUUCAUGGAUCAUGCUUCAUUGUGCCUAUCACAUUGUUAUAUUGCUAUAUCAAGGAGUCCUCAUCCGAUAUGAAAAUGGGAGCAAUGCGAAUGAAAACUGUUUUAAAAAGCAGCGGCAUCGUUCCAGAUGUUAUCGACGUAUUUCCUAAAAAAAUACUUCAAGUUGAAUAUGAAAACCAAAGAGAAGUGGCAAUGGGUAAUAAUAUGACACGUUGGGACACAAUUGAAGAUCCUGUGAAAAUCUCAUACACGGCAGAUCCAAAGUCCUAUUAUACAAUUAUCAUGACAGACCCAGAUUGUCCAUCUAGAGAAAAUCCAAUUCACCGAGAGUGGCAACACUGGGUACUGGUUAAUAUUCCUGGAGCGGAGUGGACUCAGGGAUUUUACCUCACAGACUACAUAGGAAUUUUAGGUGAAUAUGAGUACGAUGUGCAUCGCUACGUGUUUCUUUUAUUCAAGCAACCUGGGAUAUUAAAUUUCACCGAAAGAGUAUUAGAUGCUCGGCCCAUUGAGCUGUUGCGGUAUAAAUUUAGCACAAAAAAUUUCGCAGAAAAAUAUAAAUUUGGUCCUCCAGUUGCGAUCAAUUUUUUUAUGUCUGGAGAAGUGCCGAAACGCGCUUUAGUAUACAAAACAACAGUGACAAAAACGACAUCAUCAGCAACAACAUCAGCAGUGAAAGUGACAAAAUCAACACAAAAACAAAAACAAGCGCGUCAAAUAACAACAACGCCAACGAUAGCCGCAGUUGUAGAGGACAAAAUGACAACAACUUUGCCAUCGGUAACGACCUCAGCAUAUAAAACUGUAGCGACAAAGAAAACACGGAGGAAAAGGAUAAAAACGGUUACCUCAACAAAAGCCAAUCCCGAAACGGAUCAAACGUUAAGCACUGCUACAACCGUGACGUCAAACACUGCUACAACCGUGACGUCAAGAACUGCUACAACCGUGACACAGAGGACGUCAAGUCCUGCAGCUGCCGCCGCAGUAAUUCCGCCAGGCCCUCUCAUACAAUACGAAGAUAUUCCUGACGUAGUUCCUGUGGGUUACUAAUAUCUAAUUUUUGCACACUGCGUGCCGUAAGAUUAUUAAGGAGCGUCCAUAAAUUACGUAUCACGCUGAGGGAGGCGCGGUCAAUGUCAGCGUUCCGUAUUCCUCCCUAUAGGUUAACAUGAUUAUCACGGAUAUAUCACCUGAUUAUCACGGUUACAACGGAAGUAUCAAUGCGAAGUAAUACAUCGACUGUGGAACUACCAGACCAAGUAUUUCGAUUUGCCACGUUGCAGACUCCCUGUCAUACUUUACUUUUUUAAAUAGAAAACUACUCAGCGUCAAUUUUUAAAAACUUCCGUAAUUUUGCUUCUCUGUGCGAAGAAUACUCUGUGAAAACUCCAAGGAAUGAUAUUGAUUCGUUAUCCACCAAAAAAUGAAAUAAGCGGAGAUUAUUAAACACCGUAAACGAAAUACGCGGUCGGGUAGUUUCACCGUCGAAAUUAAGAAGAAAUGCAAUGUGAGAUAUCAUUGGAACCAAAGAAUUUAAUUUUAAUUUUGACGGUGGCGGAUGAUCAAACCUCUCCUUACGAUAAAAUCCCAGAAGGGCAAAUAUCCAAAAAUGGAAACCCCAAAGGCUUAAAAAAAAUGAUUAAAAAUGGAGAAGAGUAGACAAAAAAAUGUUCAUCUUUGUCAGGAAUCCGGUUGCUAUGUAAAAAUAUUAUUUUAAAUUACGUGAUAUUAAAUAGUAUCAAUCCAAAAGACAAACGAGCAAAACAUUUUAGUGAACAUGUUUGUGAAUGAUGUUAAAAAAAGGCUAAUACCAAAAUAAAGGAGAGCUGAAGAAGAAAUAUUUACAUGAGUUUUGUCAGCACCUCAGCCUCAGCUAUAAUUUUAUGCGAGAAACUUUAGCUUCCUCAAUUAAAGUGAAAAGCAAAGGAGGCUCCAAAGAUCCAAAAAUACGGAACGCCUUCAAUCUUUUGUUUAUAUUGCAAAAAAUAUAUUAACCUUAAUCAAGGCAGUAUAUAAUGUU